AUGUGUUACUUCGAACAGACUCGUUGGAGUUGCGGCUACUGGCGUUGGGGCCACUUCCGCCAGCAGUGCAACAAGGAAUACCGAAUGGGCGAGACGUGCGGGCUGAAGCUGGUCUAUCACACAAUCCCCGAAGCGGACGUCUGCAAGUUGUGCCACGACAAAGAGAAGAAACAGCGGCGUCUCGACAAGAUGGUCAAGGACGUGGAGCGUUGGAGGAGUGAAGGCAAUCGCUCAGCUACCAUCGAGAGGACGGAGGGCGAAAUGGCAACUGUCAGGGAACAAAUCUGCGCAAUGGAAAACGAACAUGCGCUUAGGCAAUUUUCGCUGGGUCAGGUAUGA